CUCCCUGCCGCCGUCCCUCGGCCCAUGUUGAUGUGGAUGUGUUCAGUGGUGCUUUCGACUUAGAACUUGUCUCGUGAUUUAGAAGCGGAGGGGGCCGUCGUCGGUGGCGGCGACGGCUUCUUCUGCGAGUCGAGUGUGAACGACAGCACAGUGGCGCGCGAUGGCGGAAUCCGUCAGCUCGAGUCAGCAGGGUUGUACCCCCAACACGCCCGGGGGUUACAGCCGCCAUGAGAAGAGUUUGGGGCUUCUCACCAGCAAGUUCGUCUCGCUGCUGCAGGAGGCCAAAGACGGCAUCCUCGACAUCAAGCAGGCUGCUGAUAGCCUUGCUGUGAGACAAAAACGGAGAAUAUAUGACAUUACGAACGUACUGGAAGGAAUUGGCUUAAUUGAGAAGAAGUCAAAAAACAGCAUUCGGUGGAAGGGUAUAAGUGCUGGAUGCAAUACCAAAGAAGUCCUUGAUCAUCUGCAGCGCCUGAAAGCACAAAUUGAAGAUCUUGAAAUCAAAGAGAAGGAGCUAGAUCAACAGAAAUGUUGGCUUCAGCAAAGUAUAAAAAAUAUUUCGGAAGAUCCCGCAAACAGCAGAUUUGCUUAUGUUACCCAUGAAGACUUAUGCAACUGCUUCAGUGGUGAUACACUUUUGACAAUUCUUGCUCCAUCUGGUACACAGUUAGAAGUACCAGUUCCUGAAAUGGGUCAAAAUGGGCAAAAGAAGUAUCAGGUGAAUUUAAGAAGCCAAUCUGGGCCCAUACAAGUGCUGCUUAUAAACAAAGAAUCAGGUUCUUCUAAACCUGUAGUAUUUGCUGUGCCACCUCCUGAUGACCUGAUGGUAAUCCCAACACCACCCUCAACACCAGCAACCCCACAAAAGUCUCCACCUCUGCAGCAUCAUCCUGACCAGAAUGAUCCAACAGUUCCUCUUGCAGUAACAGAAGAUUUCAAAUCCGAUUGUAGGUUACUGCAGACAACUAAUCUUCACCCCAACUCCACAAUCAAUGAAACAGAGACUAAUAACCAAGGUGUCACAGAAGGUCCUGACAUUCAGACAUUACUACCAUUGGAUGUUAAUAGUAUUCUUAAAGUCAACACAGCAGAACAAAUUAAAGAGGAGCUAGAAGGACCUGUUGUCGCAGACCUUAUUGAAGAAUUGAUGUCUUCUGAUGUGUUCCCUUUGCUUCGGCUUUCUCCACCCCCUGGAGUAGAUUACAGCUUUAAUCUGGAUGACAAUGAAGGAAUAUGCGAUCUUUUUGAUGUGCAGAUUCUGAAUUAUUAGAUGGACAGACAUUUUUUAUUUUAUUUUUGUUAAUAUUCUAACUACCUCUUCAGACAUUCCCUACUUUACUGAACUCUCUCACACAUAAUCUGUUCCUAAGGAUGAUUUUUUUUUUAAUCGUGAUGCAUGUGACACCCUCCUAGGCUAAAAAUUUAAAGUCUCUUUUAAAAAUAAUCAUCUAGGUUUGUUACAAAUCAGAAAUCUUUUCUUGAUUGGGUGAUGUUUUUUUAUCCUAAUCAAGUGAAAUCUUUAUUCAUAAUACAUUUCACUAGGUGUCUCUUACUGCCUUGUUUUAGGCAAAUCUUCUGCAUAUUUUAACAUUUUCUUCAUAUUCAUUUUUUUUAUUGUGAAUGUCACUGCCGAAAAAUGCAUUGUUUUUAUUUUUCAUAGUGUUUUAUACCAUUAAUCAGAUAUACGUUUAUAUUUUUUUUUCUAAAACGUUUUAAAGCUAUAAAGUGAUUUUAUUUGUAAUAAUUGUAAAUUCUGUAAUAAGCGGCCUUGAGCUUUUCUUGUACAAUUUUGUGUACACCAGAUGUGCCUGAAAUAAAAAUGCCUAAAUCA